GAAUAUUGAUUCAGCAGCUCUAGGCCUAUUCCUACUUUUAAUUUUUUUGAAACCAACAAAAGACUAGAAAAUUAUCAGACUCGAGAAGAUACCAAGUAGAACACUUUAUUGAAGCUCAAAGCCUGCAUCAAUACAUCAGAGAUUGAAGUUUUACAAUCACACAAUUACCUCAAAAACUAGUUCUAAGCCGAAGUUCGAGAUAUGAAAUCAAUUGUAUCCUCUAAGGAGUUUUUCUUUAAUCUUUGAAAAUUUUUGAUCAGAUAUAAUUUUGUAAUUAAAAUGGAAUUCUCUAAAGGAAAAAAUGAAAUUCACAUCUCUAUAUGACUUGUAAUACAUUAAAAUUUAUCGAACAUCAAGGUAUCUUUUUUUGUUCUUUUCUUUAAGAUAUUGCAUAUCUUUAUGUGAACGCGGUGAUCUACAUUUACGUGGUGCAUGUGUAAAUUUACUUGUUACAUUAAUUCAAACAAGAAAUCAUCUUUUAACACUAUCGUCAUUAUCAAAUUCAUUUAUUAAUUAUUUUAUUAAUCAAUAUUCACUUGUAUCAACUGAUUCACAAGACAGUUCAAGUCAUGCAUUUACAAUCAUAGGAAUUGAAUUAUUAGAAGAUUCUAUUCAACAUAGUACAAGUUUCUAUGUUCUUGCUAAAGUUAGUCUAGCUCAAUUUAUAGAUGAUAUUGAUUUUCGAAUAUUAACUUAUCUUGAACAACAACAAAAACAAUUAAAACAAUAUAUCCUGAUAUACCAUUUUAUUUAUUGUAUUGCUGAAUUUCUUGUUAUGUUAUCACAUGAUACACUUCAUUCAAAACAAGUUAUUAAAGUACAAGAUUUAAUAAAACAUUAUGAUUCAUUAUUAGCAAAUAGACAUGAAUCUGAAACACAUGCUUUAGCAGCAUUAGAAACAGUUUUAUAUGAUUUUUUUUCUUGUUCGAGUUAUCCGAAUAAUUAA